AUAGUUGACCGAGCAUGGGGUUCAGAUUCCGGAAGCGAUCAAAAAGAUUUGUUUAAUAAGACGACAAGACGGAGUGGCACGGGUGUGUGUCAAUGUUCGUAAAACAAGGACUGCCCGUGCGUAACUUCUAAAGGGGUUGGCUUAAUUUUUCCUUUCAUACGGAACCGAAGUAUCAACAUCGGCUUUACUUCGUGAACAUCUAGUAAGCAAACACGUCGUUAGUUAGCUUAAAAUAAAACGUAAUAUCAACCCGAUUUGGUCAUGAGUUUAAAAUAAUGUUAAGGAACUGCUACUCUUUUUUAUUUAUUUAACGUUAGGUCAGACAAUUCUGGGUUUAGUGUUAUGUUAACUCUUUGAGUUGGACUGAAAUGGACUCGGAAUCGAAUCCUGCAGUUUUUCUCACUUCUGUUAUGGAGGAAAUCGAGUGUCUGUUUUUCUGAGGUGGGAGUCUGGAUAUAGAGCUCGUCAUGAAACCUCUAGGCGCGCGAUCCGCGUUCUACGUGGGCUUCAUUGUGGGCACGUGCAGUCUGUACCUGUUCCUGCGUCAGGUUGGGUACACGCAAAACCAGGUGUCCCCUGUUUCAGGGGGCGACUUGACAAGUUUGAAGAAGAUGAUUGAAGACGAAAACAAGAACUGGAAGAAGGAGAGGUUGGCUCUGUUCAACCUCAAUCAUCCGCAUCAUAAAGGUGAGGAUGGGACACUGGCUGACGCCCUUUAUAAAAAUGUCCGUAUUCUGUGUUGGGUUAUGACCGGUCCAAGUAACCUUGAGAAGAAAACUCGACACGUCAAAGCCACGUGGACUCGUCACUGCAACAUUGUGGUGUUUGUAAGCUCCGUAGAUGACCCAGAUUUUCCUACAGUUGGUGUGAACACCAAGGAGGGCCGGGAUCAGCUGUAUUGGAAAACCAUAAACGCUUUCCACUACGUAAUGGAGAAAUACGGGGAUGAGGCAGACUGGUUCAUGAAAGCGGAUGAUGACACUUACGUGAUUGUAGACAAUCUUCGGUGGAUUCUGGCCAAUCACUCGCCAACAGACCCUAUAUAUUUUGGUCGCCGGUUUAAGCCCUACGUUAAACAGGGCUACAUGAGCGGCGGUGCUGGAUACGUCCUCAGCAAAGAGGCUCUGAGGAGGUUCGUGGAAGGGUUUCGAACCAAAGUGUGCACACAUACCUCCUCAGUGGAGGACCUGGCCUUGGGGCAGUGCAUGGAGAAGAUCGGUGUUGUGGCGGGAGACUCCAGAGACACCAUACAAAGAGAGACCUUUCAUCCUUUUGUACCCGAUUCCCAUCUCACUGGCUCAUUUCCCAAGACCUUCUGGUAUUGGAACUACUGUUAUUAUCCCAUUGUAGAGGGACCUCAGUGUUGUUCAGAUCUGGCUGUUUCUUUCCACUAUGUGGACGCAUCACGCAUGUACCUGCUGGAGUACUACACUUACCACUUGCGCGCUUUUGGUUACAAAUACCGCUAUCAACCCCCUGAACCCAAAAUCCGACAAAUCGAUAAUCCAGUCCCAGACAAUGUGGAGGUCAGGGACUCAAAGGAGCAAAAACAGGAGGAAGAAGCACCACCACCACCGAAUGAAGAAAACAUAUCCAAUGAACAAGAGGAAAAACUAUAGCAGCAUUUUGCUUAUAUUGUUAUAAAAUGACAUUUGAAACUUCCGAAAGAAGUUUUUGAGAUCGCUCUGGCUUUCUGGGAGUUUUUUUCUAUUUCUUUUUGAUUGUUUGGAUGAUGUUGAACUGGUAUCAUUUGAAAGGGUGUUUCUUAUAAUAAUGCAUUUGUAUGUGAAUGUUUAAAUCUAUAUAUAUAUAUAUAUAUAUAUAUAUAUAUAUAAAUAUGUUUGACAGUACAGAAUUAUAUUAAAUGAAGGUUGUAGACCCCAGAGUGUGCUCUGCUUGGGAUGUGAUUUUAUCUCUGAGCCUGCCUUAACAGUAUACCAACAUGGCGUCAUUUUUCCCACAAGCACGAUUUGCACUCUGUAAAUGUGUCUGCAUUCCUUGGCAUUAAUUUUUAGGAAAAUUUUAUUUUAUGAACAAAAUCUAAAUCUGCGUCUCUGUGCUAUGCCACAGUCAUAAGGGCACAGCGUCUGUCAUGUUGGAAAGAAAAGAGGCUUUUAUUUUCUUCUGUUAGUUUCCGCUGAAAUAGUGCCUUUGCUCUGAUCCGUGUGUUUCAUUUAUAUCUAGACAAUUUUUAUGGUUUCCAAUAGGGAUGCACCGAUGUAUCAGCCUUUAAUUGGUAGUUCCAGAUAAACACAAAAUUUCCCACUAUCUGACCGAUGAUCAGGGCAGGUGCGUAUCUAAUUUCCACACUCAAGAUCCGGCCUUGUUUUAAAGUACGUCUGUAACAAAUUUGCCAAAGGUGUGGUGUAGAAUUUUAGUUCUUUUUAUUGUAAUCCAAGUUCAACAUUUGCUAUGCCACAUAAAGAUACCAUAAUUCACUUCUGUUAAGCUAAAGCCACUGCAGCUUUGCUCAAAGAUUUAUUUGGCUGGCCCAAUAGUUGCUCUUGAGCUCUUGGGACAAAGGUUUUCAAUUUUUUACCAGUUCUGAAUGUAAAGCCUUGGCUUAAUUCAGAUGUUUAGUGCAGCAACACCUUAAGUACUUUGUGCAAUCUUUGCCUGCAUAAUGUUUCUUUCUAUACAUAAUUACUCAUGUGCUCAUAUGAAACCCUGAGCCGAGGCAGCUGGACUAUUGCUCCUUUAUCUGUCCCGAAAACUAAUGAAGAAUGUUCUGUUUUAAAAAUGUUGUUCAUCAGAGGACUGUACAUUUAUCUUUACCUUUUUUUGACAGUGUACUGUAUUAAGUUGGACACUUGGCACAAUUAUGAAGGAAUUCCAUUGACGUUUAUUUAAAUGAAUAAACUAAAAAUAACAAGCAUUGCUUAAAACACACACAUUCUUGGUAAAAUGCUCCUUUGGCAUUAACUUAGACGUGAUACAAAAAUGGUUUGGAUUUAACCGUAAACUAUUAUUAGGGUUGGUUUCCCCGACAGGGUUUAUCCUAUUCCCAGACUUAAAUGCAUAUUUGAGCUGCCUUCAUUUUAAAACACCUCACACCGGCAUAUUUUAACAUAUGUCAGUGCCGUUAUUUUGUCUCAAGAUGCACACCAGUAUUAUUUUUUCUAAGGUUUGUUUGUAAAAACUUGAAUAUACUAAUAUAAUUAAGGCCGAGGAUUAAUCUAAACCCUGUCCAGGAAACCGCCCCAUUAUGUUGUCUGCUUAACCUCACCACAUGGGAUCGUCUAUGGUAUUUAAAAAUGUCUAAGGUAUUGCUGUAUACUGCUGAUACAAAGAGCUGUCCAUCUAGGGCACAAUCAAAUAGUUUAGAAGCACCUCAUGUUUGCUUAUAUUUUUUGGGACUUUAAUCAAAUUGUACCUUAGCCUUUGGCAAAAAAGCUAAUUUGCAAACAUUCCAUUAUCCCCAAUUUGCUCAAAUUCAAAAUACACAGCAGUAGACAGGAAUCUUGCAGUCUUAUAAAAUAUUGUCUUGUUUGAGGAGGAUUGCAGAUUUAAAUCAAGAGCUGUUGUGGUAUUUAAAUAUUAUUUGCCUUUAUUAUUAAACAAGUCUGAGUCAGAGUGACAAGUGAUUAAACCUUACUUGGGGCAAAAUAAUCUGUGAAACCACACUUUUGUCAUUGUAAACGAUUGUUUUCCGGUUGGGGUUUUGCAAAGUGCAGGGAAAGUCCACAGCAACGUGUCUGAAUUAAAGAAAUGUGUGUGCUUGCUUUCACAUAUCGCGUCUUUUGCGCGCUCAAGUUCGUUAUUUCACAUGUAGGCGCGUCCGCAUCGAGUUAAAAACAUUUCAACUAUUCAGAAUGCCGCAAGCGGACCGCAGGUCAUGUGACAAGAACCAACCAACCAACGGGCGCGGUUUUAGACGCGAAAUGUGAGCCUACCCUAAUGCACAUUUUCCAUUAAUGGCAUUUCUAUUACUACUGUACUUUUGGAGGUGUGUAGGGAUGAUUAUUUAAAGACUUUGAUAUGCAAAACUGUUUGUAAGGUGGUCUUUCUACAAAGCUUCUUUUCAGUUUUCUUUCAUGCCCUGUGUUGAAUCCAAAGGUACUUGCUUUCCUUUCUUAUUAUCUCAAUUGUAUGUACAAAAGGAAUCUUGUACAGUACUUCCAUAGCAAUCUUUUAUUUAUAAAAGGGUGUGUGAGACAAAUACGUGACAAGAAGGAAUUUUUGCAAUGAGGAACGAUAACCAGCAAAUUAAAAUAUUUCACAUGAAA